AUGGCCGUUGCCGUGGCAACUUUGCCGGGAGAUGGCGGCGACUUUGAUUUGGACCAGCUGAUUCACAAGCUGAAGCGCGAUGGCGACAUCGUGCCAGAAAUUUUGCCGGAACGAGUGCUGAAGCUUGCUUGUCAGCAGUUGAAGAACAUCCUCAUCGAGGAAAGCAAUGUGCAACCCGUGCAGUUGCCAGUCGUGAUAUGUGGUGACAUUCAUGGUCAAUAUUUCGACUUGUUGGAGCUCUUCAACAUCGGUGGGCAAAUUCCGGAGAAAAACUACAUCUUUAUGGGUGAUUUCGUUGACCGAGGCUACAACAGCGUUGAGACCUUUGAGUUGCUAAUGUUGUUAAAGCUGCGAUAUCCUGCCAGCAUCACAUUGCUUCGUGGUAACCACGAAUCCCGCCAGAUCACGCAGGUUUACGGAUUUUACGAUGAAUGUCUGCGAAAAUACGGAAAUGCAAACCCGUGGAAGUACUGUACGGAGGUGUUUGAUUAUCUCACCUUGUCUGCAAUUGUGGAAAAUUCCAUUUUCUGUGUCCAUGGAGGACUCUCACCCGACGUCAAGAUCCUUGAUCAGAUCCGCACGAUCAAUCGAGUGCAGGAGAUACCGCACGAAGGUGCCUUUGGCGAUCUUGUGUGGUCAGAUCCUGAAGAUAUUGAGGCAUGGGCAGUCAGCCCGAGAGGUGCUGGUUGGCUUUUUGGGGAACGGCCAACGCAACACUUCAAUCGUCUCAACGGCUUGGAUCUCAUUGCCAGGGCGCACCAGCUUGUCCAGGAUAUGGAGGGAGACUCGCAGGAAGCGCUUCGUCCUUUCAUCGAGGCUGAAAGGGAGUUUGUGCAGCGGCAGUCUGCUGGCGAUCACGAUGGCGCCGUCCAGUGUCUGGAAGCCGUGCUGCGGGCAGAGCAGGCAACAGUGCAGCAGAUGCCUGACACCAUGUUAUCGACGCUCUUCGAGCGGCUGGCUAUAGGCUACAACACCCUGGGAAUGAAGCAUUUGAAGGACAACAACACAGAGGUUUCGUGCAAGUUUUUCGAGAAAGCAGAAGCGCUGACAGACCCAGCCAAUCUGCAUAUGAAUGCUGAGUCUCGCCUCGUCUUGAGAGCAGUGACCUACAACAACAUGGGCUGCUUCUACAAGAGCUUUGGAAAGCUUCAUACGGCUCUGCAGUACCUGAAGAAGGCUCAGAGAAUCGAGGAGCAGUCACGGGGCAGAUGCCAAAAUCCAGCAGGUACACACCUGAAUCUGUGUGCGCUUUUGUCGCAGAUGGGCAAGCAUCAAGAGGCACUGCAGCAUGCAGACAAAGCUCUCAAAAAACUGGAGGCAGCUCAGAAGCAGUCUCAGCCACCGGAGGGUGGGAGUCUUCCACCUGUCGCCGGGAGCACCAACAGCGAAAGCUUGAUUUGCGUUGCAUAUUUCAACAUGGGGGCAGAGUACGAGCAUUUAAAGAAGCCUGCAGAAGCUCUGUGGCACUACCAAAGAGCUCACGACAGUUGUUUGCAAGAGCUUGGUGAAGAGCAUCCCUUGAGUCAGCAAAUCUCCGCGUGUGUGGAGCAGUUGAAAGAAAGGUCAACGACAUGA